AGCUCCGGCGGUUCAGUCAACAUGGUUGUCCGCCAGCUCAACAGUGACGGGGCCGGCCCAUACUUGUGCAUAGUCAAUGAUGACAACCCUGCACAUCAUUUUGAAGUCACUCGACAUCAUGAACGGCGACAAGUAGUUCAUCAUCAGAUAGGCAGCCAACAAGCAACUUUCAAAGAUGAUUCCACUACCGACUUCCUCCUCAACGUUGCACUUCCGACCAACCAAGCCUGUACUGGCAAAGCCGUUGGAAAGAACAACGUCUGCCUUGUGCGGUGCCAGAAUUUUGCACGAACAGGAGCCUUCGGCGGUAUAUUCCUUAUGCAAAUGGCUGGUGCCAGCUACAAUACUGCCGCCGCCGCUCGCGGCACAGAGAGCGAGGAAGAAAGGCCCUCUUGA